GAACUGCCUGGCCUCAGUGUCGAAGGAGCUACAGGAAAGUCAGCAGAAUUUAUACAAUAAACAUUUCAUAGAAUUUAAUCAGACUUAAACGAAAAAUGUAAAGAGAUUUUUUUUAAACAUAAAAAUAAUUCUCUGAACUAAAUAUUUCUAGUCAGCACAACUUCUAGUGGAUUUCUUCAAAAGUUAAAAUUUUCACAAAACACUACAAAUCUAUUAUAGUAAAUCUCCUUGUAAAUUAGCGUAUUCUAAACUUCACCGGUUUCCCCCACUUCACUGGAUUUCUGUAGAUCUGCUUCUGUAACUCUACUGUUCUCUUCUAUUUCUACUCUGAUCUAAUACCUUCAGAGUCUCUAACAGAUACAGAACUGAAUUCAUACUGCAUCUGUGGGCUUCCUGUAUGUAGCUGUGUCUGAGUUUGAGUUGUGAAACUGUUUCCUGUUACGCAGUUCUGCUUGCUCUCUUUACUCAUCAGUUUUAUAACGGAGCUGCACUGAAGUCUGGCUUUAAAAGCUUCCUCUACAGAUCAGAAGAGGUUUUAUAUGGAAAGUUUAUGAUCAGAAUGAUCUAAAAGCUAAAUUCUAUCCUCUGUUCCAGAUCUAAAAGUACAGGAGUUUAGAAGCUGAGGACUAAAAGCUCAUGGACUGAUACAGCUCUGCUCACAGCAGUGAUUCAGGAUGGCGAAUGCUGAAGAUGUGUUGCUAGAGGCUCUACAGGACUUGGAGAGUAAGGAACUAAAAUCAUUCACUCGACACCUGACCAAUGGUGUGGAAGGGUUUGACCGGAUUGGUAGGGGUCUGUUGGAGAACGCAGGAAGAGAAGAGAUUGUGGAUAAGAUGGUGGAGAGAUAUAAAAUCAGUGGAGCUGUAAAGAUCACACUGACCAUCCUGAAGAAGAUACACAAGAACCGUCUGGCUGAGGAACUGGAUGCUAAACUCAGUAGAGGUGGAGCAGGUGGAGGACAGGUAAGGAGUGAGAGUUCAGCAGCCUCUUCUACUACACUGACUGCAGAUGAACAACACUGCAUCAAGUUGAAGGACACUCUGAAAUUGAACUAUGAGCGUGUAAUUGAGAGCUCACAGACAGGUCAUCAGGAGUUCCUGGAAGAUAUCUACACUGAUCUCGUUAUAGUGCAGAAUAAAAGUGGAGGAGUCAUUAAUGAGCAUGAAGUGAUGCAAAUAGAGAUGUCUCCCAAUAAAGCUGGCAGUGAGGAAGAGUGUAUAAAAUGCGGUGAUAUUUUUAAAGUCCAGCCAGGUACAGGUCGACGGAACAGAAAAGUGAUGACAAUGGGAAUUGCAGGAGUCGGAAAAACUGUGUCCGUCAACAAAUUCAUACUGGACUGGGCAGAAGGAAAGGAGAACCAGGACAUUCAGUACAUUUUCCCUCUACCCUUCCGUGAACUAAAUCUGAAGAAAGAGAAGGAGUUCAGUUUGAUUGGACUACUGAAUAACUGCUUUUUCUCCUCAAAGCCUGCACUGAAGUCUCUUCCAGAAGAAGAUGGUAAAGUGCUGUUUAUUUUUGAUGGGCUGGAUGAGUAUCGUUACCCACUGGAGUUUAAACAUGGAGAGGAAGUAAAAGAUGUGAAUGAGAAGAGUACAGUGGGCUCACUGAUCACAAAUCUCAUCAACAGAAAUUUGCUUUCCUUUUCUCUAGUCUGGGUAACUUGUCGACCAGCAGCAGCGCAUCUGAUUCCCCAGAAAUACAUCAAUCUGGUGACAGAAGUACGAGGAUUUAAUGAUGAACAGAAGAAGGAGUACUUCACCAAAUACUGCAAAACAGAGGAUGUAGCAGAGAAAAUAAGUUCACACAUAAAGAAGUUAAAGAGUCUCCACAUCAUGUGUCAAAUCCCAGUCUUCUGCUGGAUCUCUGCCACUGUGCUUCAGCCACUGAUGGAUAAAGAGAGUGAUGAGAACAUCCCCAAAACCCUGACAGAAAUGUACAUGAGCUUCCUACUGCAGCAGAAAAACCUGAUGAAGGAGAAAUACAGUCAGAAGACUGACCCUGAGCGCAUCAUUCUGAAGCUCGGUAAACUGGCCUUGAGUAAUCUUGAGAGUGGAGAGCUGAACUUCUAUGAGGAUAAUCUUAAGGAAUGUGGGAUUGAUGUUACUGAUGGUACAGUGUUCUCAGGAAUGUGUACACAGAUUUUCAGCCAGCAGAAGGGAAUUUCUGAGAGGAACAUUUUCAGCUUUGUGCAUUUGAGUGUUCAGGAAAGCCUUGCGGCUGUAUAUGUGUAUCACUCCCACUGCAAUAAGAAGAAGAAUGUUUUCAAAAAGAAAGUUCUCAACAAACUUUUGUGGAUUAAUAAGAAGAUAACAGAUCUCCAUAAGAGUGCAGUGGACAGAGCUUUGCAGAGUAAAAAUGGACACCUGGACCUUUUCCUCCGCUUCCUCCUCGGCCUCUCUGUGGAGGACAGUCAGAAGGUUCUGACCGAACUUCUGCCAAACCUGAAGAUUAAAGCAGAGAGCGUUAGCAACACAGCUAUCUACAUUAAGGAGAAACUAAAAGAGGAAAUGCACUCUGAAAGAAGCCUGAAUCUCCUCCACUGCCUGAGUGAACUGAAGGACAACUCACUCACAGCUGAAAUCCAGAACUUCCUGAACUCAGGAACUCUCUCAAAACAGGAACUCUCAUCCACACAGUGGUCAGCUCUGAUCUUUGUGCUGAUCAUGUCAGAGGAAACUCAGAAGAAGUUUGAACUGAAGAAAUACAGUGCGUCAGAAGAAGGACUGAGGAGAUUACUGCCUGUGGUGAAAAACACGCAGCGAGCUCUACUAGCUUCAUGUAAUCUUGGAGUAAGGUCAUGUGAAAGUCUGAAAUCAGUGCUAAAACUGGAAAACUCCUCCCUGAAAGAGCUGGAUCUCAGUAACAAUGACCUGCAGGAUUCAGGAGUGGAGCUGCUCUCUGCUGGACUGAAGAGUUCACACUGUAAACUGCAGACUCUCAGACUAGCUUCUUGUAAUCUUGGAGUAAAGACGUGUGAAAGUCUGGAAUCAGUUUUAAAGCUGGAAAACUCCUCACUGAUAGAACUGGACCUCAGUAACAACAACCUGCAGGAUUCAGGAGUGGAGCUGCUCUCUGCUGGACUGAAGAGUUCACACUGUAAACUGCAGACUCUCAGAUUAGCUUUGUGUAAUCUUCAAUUUAAGAUGUGUGAAACUUUGGCAUCAGUUUUAAAGCUGGAAAACUCCUCCCUGAAAGAGCUGGAUAUCAGUAACAAUGAUCUGCAGGAUUCAGGAGUGGAGCUGCUCUCUGCUGGACUGGAGAGUUUAGACUGUAAACUGCAGAUUCUCAGAUUAUCUGGGUGUAUGAUCACAGAAAAAGGCUGUUCUUCUCUGGCUUCAGCUCUUAAUUCAAACCCCUCCCACCUGAAAGAGCUGGAUCUGACCUACAACCACCCAGGAGAGUCUGGAGAGAAGCUGCUUUCUGCCAGACUGGAGGAUCCACACUGCUCACUGGAGACACUCAGGUAUGAAGAAGUACUCAGGGGGAAGAUUCAGGUGUGCUGCAGAUGUUAGAUAGAGUGAUGAGGGUCA